AUGGGUGAGGAAAAGAGACGGCUGUAUGAGAUUGAAAUUGUCAAGCGAACUCCCAUUCUCAACUUACACAUAACCACUGCUACACCUAUAAAAUUACCAAAUGAGCCUGGUAAGCGUGGCACAAGGUACCAGUUGUUAAGCAGCCGAAACAGAAGAGAGCACCCAGAGGACGACUUGUUUGCUCCUUACCUUCUGACUGCAAUGGAACCCGAGGAGGCGGCGGGUGGCAAAUACACUCUUUUCCUUGGAACGCCUGAGACGGUACAACGACGGAUCAAAACAAACGAGCAGGAGCUUCACCCCACCUCGGCGGACAAAAUGUUUGUCCUGCGAAAUGUCGGAAAGCUGAUUUUCGGCUCUGGCGUCCAGGAGUCCCUCAUUGAGCUACCCCAGGGUCAGCUCUACCUAGUCCGCCCCCUCUCCCCCAAGGGCUACUCGGAGCUCAUCUUCAAAGACGCCGCCAUCCGCAUCCGCCGCACGAACCAAGAUUUCCACUUCCAGCUUGUUGUCCAGCGCGCUUUUGAAGAGGGCGAGGAAGAGCUUCUCGCUGAGGAAGAAGGCGACGACGCUGAGAUUGACGCUCUUGCCAGCGAGCGCGACGAAAAGACCUUUUUGCUCGACGAGGCCCUGCACUUUCGCGUCGAGACCCGCGACGGUGGCGACAGCGUCAUUGCUUGGCGCGAUCUGAGCGGUGACACGGGCGACGUCUACGAGUUUGUCUGCGACGCCGCCGUCCCCCCGAACCAGCUACAGCUCUUCCUCCGCGCUGCCCAGAAAUGCCAGUACGAGCGCAAGUACCGCAAGUCCAACACCACCGCUUCCGAAGAGGACCUGCGGCAGUUUGAGUUUCACCAAGAGCUCCCCAUACCACCCGCCAGCCCUAUAAAUAGUCCCUCCCUCACCCGCUCCAUCGACUCCACCGAGUUCAUGGCACCAACUACCCCGAGCAAGCAGCGUGCUGCUGCUUCUCCCACUACUAUCCCCGAGGAUAGCAAGCCGUCCGGCCCCAUCUACGAUGUCAGUAACCCGCCCAAGCCCAAGGAGAUUUACGCCAGUAUUACGGCCGAGCUGCAUGUCUAUGACCCCCAGCCCGGUCACUUUGCCUUGGUUGACGACUCAGUAGUCGCCACCGUCUCCGAGGUCGGCAAGUGGGAAUACUGGCUACAGAUUGAGGGCAAAAAGCCUUGGCUAGGAACCGCCGUCGUUUCCGAUUUUAGCCCUGUCUUUGACUUUCAGUUCUUUUCCUUCGUCUUCAACCACUUUAGCCCCGAUGGCGCUGCCCGUUCCUGGCUAUUGCGAUUCAAGGACCAGCCCACGCUGGAAAGGUUCCAGGAAGCUAUUAUGCAGGCCAUCUGGGAGAGGCUCAACGAGACUAAAUGGGCCAAGAUUCAAGAAAAGGAACGUGAUUACGUUCUCGACUCCAUGGGUGCUCUCACCAUGGAAGACGCUCCCCUGGAAGAGGAAGAGGAUGAGGAGGAGGAGGAGGAGGAAGAGGCUGAAGAUGAGGGUAUUCGAAGCGACGUCUACGACAGCGAGGAAGACGAAGAGGAAGAGCAAGAAAAGGACGAUCACGAGAUCAACUCACAACUUGCUGUCGGCUACAAGCACGACCGCUCCUUUGUCGUCCGCGGCUCCAAGAUUGGCGUAUUCUCCCACACUUACGACAACCGCCUCAAGUUUGCCACCAACAUCUCCAAGGUUACUACGCCCAAGGGCAAGCUCAUGAAUCCCAAAAAGGUCAUGCUUCACGGCGAAGAUCGCGAUCUCAUCAUCCAGAACAAUGUCGAUCCCAACAAGUUGUAUCGCAUGGACAUCGAAUACGGCAAGGUUGUCGACGAGUGGAAUGUCCACGACGAUAUUCCCGUUAUCAACUUUGCUCCCGAGAAUAAGUUUGCCCAGAUGACUUCAGAGCAAACUUUUCUAGGUGUCUCCAAUAAUGCUCUGUUCCGUGUUGAUCCCCGUCUCGCCGGCAACAAGCUUGUUGACUCGGACAUGAAGCAAUACGCCUCCAAGAAUGAUUUUUCCUCUCUCGCCACCACCGAAAAGGGUUAUAUUGCCGUCGCCAGCAACAAGGGUGACAUCCGCCUCUUUGAUCGCCUCGGCAUCCGCGCGAAGACACAGCUGCCCGCCCUUGGCGACCCCAUCACCGGUAUGGAUGUUUCGGCAGACGGUCGCUGGAUUCUCGGUACAACCCAGAAUUACAUCCUGCUGGUCGACGCCAUGCAGAAGGAUGGCAAAAACGAAGGUAAGCUGGGUUUCGAAAAGGGCUUCUCGGCCGAUACUAAGCCGCGGCCCCGCCGUCUGGCUCUCACGCCCGAGCAUGUGGCGCAGUUCUACCACGAGACGGGUAAGCCCAUCAGCUUCACCGCAGCCAAGUUCAACACGGGCGAAGGUGUCGAGGAGACGAGUAUCAUUACAGCCACCGGUCCCUACAUUAUCGAGUGGAACCUCAAGCGUGUCCUGCGCGGCACGAAGGCGCCAUACAAGAUUAAGCGCUACGAGGACGAGGUCAAGGCCGAUGAUUUCAAGUUUGGCUCCGACAAGAAUGUCAUUGUCGCCUUGCCCAACGAGGUCAACAUGGUGGCCAAGCAGAGCUUCCGCAAGCCUACCCGCGAAAGCAUCAUCGGCAAUGUCCGCAUCUCCUCUGGCGGCCAUAGGAGCUCUUUGGCGAAUAAGAUUGGCACGCCCCUGAGUGGCCGGUACAAGCUAGGCCGUGACGAUAUUGUGAAUUCGCCAUAUUAG